AUGGUUGAAUUGCAAACAUCCACCUACGGAAAGGACAACGUCAAGUUUCUCAAGGUCAAAAAAGACCCUUCUAACCCUAAUGUCCAUCAAGUGAUGGAGGCCACUGUCAAAAUUUUGCUUGUGGGCAACUUUGACAUUGCCUACACGGAGGCUGACAACUCCCCCAUCGUGCCUACCGACACCGUCAAGAACACCAUUUUGGUCGAGGCCAAGAAGUUCGACGUGUUCCCGAUCGAGGCCUUCAUUGCGCACCUUGGGCUUCACUUCAUCAAGAAGUACUCGCAUGUGAGCGGUAUUGAUAUCGAGAUCUCCCAGCACAGAUGGUCCAAAUACCUUGUUGACGGCAAGUUGCACGACCACUCGUACUUGAAGGAUGGUGAGGAGCUCAGAACUGCCUCUCUCAAGUACAAGCGUUCCGGGGAGUAUGUUUUGAAAUCCGGAAUUAAGGAUUUGACUGUUUUGAAGUCCACGGGAUCCAUGUUCUACGGAUUCCACCAGUGCGACUACACCACUUUGAAGCCUGCCACCGACAGAAUCUUGUCGACAGACGUCGACUCUGUCUGGGAAUGGGAUUCGAAGAAAAUCGGUGCAUUGUCUAAUGUCAUUUCUCAGGCAAGAGCUGGACUCUUCGAUUCUGCGUACGAAGCUGCCAGAGAAACUACUUUGAAACUCUUUGCUUUGGAGAAGUCCGCCUCUGUUCAGGCCACCAUGUACAACAUGUGCGAGGAGAUUCUGAAACAGGUCCCAUUCAUUGCUACUGUUUCCUACUCGUUGCCAAACAAGCACUACUUCCUGAUCGAUUUUAGCUGGAAGGGACUCGAGAACGACAACGAGUUGUUCUACCCAUCCCCACAUCCAAAUGGAUUGAUCAAGUGCACGGUUGGCAGAGAAAAGAAGGCCAAGUUUUAA